UAGGCCUCGGCGGGCUUCUUCCUAGGAUGCCCGCGCUUGGGUUUUCCGAUGAAAUCCCCCGGCUCAGGCGGAUCCAGAAGAUGACUGCAAGGACAUCAGUGUGAAAAAUGAGAUGAUCUCAGUGGGCCAGCCUUUUGCUUUUAAUUGUACUCUCCCUCCACAAACACUUGAGGAAGUGAAUAUAACAUGGUUUAGAAACACUAACAAAAUCCCAAUAUCCAAGAACUUACAGUCUAGAAUUCACCAAGAACAGAGCUGGAUUUUGUUCCUCCCCAUGACCCAGAGGGACGCGGGGAUUUAUCAAUGUGUUAUAAAGACUGUAGACAGCUGUUACAGAAUACAUGUGAACCUGAUUGUUUUUAAAAAAUAUUGGUGUCGUACAUCCAGAAAAAGCCCAACGAAUUUAUCAGACGAGUAUAUACAAACACUUCAUUUUGGGAAAGAUGACAGUCUUACAUGCCAUUUGAACUUCCCAGAGAGUUGUGUUUUGGAGUUAAGCAAGUGGUACAAGGAAUGUAAAGAGAUUAAAGAAGAGCGGUUUAAUUCUGUGGGAAUGAAGCUGUUUGUAAAAAAUGUCUCAGCAGAAGACAGAGGGAUGUAUGCAUGCCUAGCAAGACUGACACACGAGGGGAAGAACUACACAGUUUUAAACGACAUUAGUGUAGACGUCAGAAAACUUGAAUAUGGAGUCCCUAAAAUUACUUAUCCAAGAAACAACACAAUUGAAGUAGAAUUGGGUUCCCCACUCACUGUGACCUGCAAUAUCACAGACUUCAGGGACAACACAAAUCUACGAUGCUGGAAGGUUAACAACACGCAGGUGAAUCGAUACUACGCUCAAUCCAAACGAAUCAGAGAAGGAUAUGAAUCUUCUGUACCCUUGGAGCAAUAUAUUUGGUAUACAGUAAACAUAACCUUCAACCAAGUGGACCUGGAAGAUUAUGACCGCCCCUUCGUGUGUCAUGCUGGAGUAUCUGCAGCGUACAUUAUGCUAAAGUUCCCGGUUUCAGAUCCCCGAGCCUACUUGAUAGGCGGGUUCAUCGCCCUGGCAAGUGCAGUCCUGUCUGUAGUGUACAUUUACCACCUUUUUAAGAUUGACCUUGUGCUUUGGUAUCGAAGUGCCUUCCUUUCCACUGGGAACAUACGUGACGGGAAACUCUAUGACGCAUAUGUCCUAUACCCCAAGCCUCAGAGUGGAAGCCAGAGUCACAACUUGGACAUGCUCGUGCUGACAAUCCUGCCAGAGGUGUUGGAGAGGCAGUGUGGAUAUAAGUUAUUUAUAUUCGGGAGGGAUGAAGUUCCAGGACAAGCCGUGGCCAGUGUCAUCGAUGAGAUGAUUAAGCUGUGCAGGAGGUUGAUCAUCAUUAUAGUCCCUGAAUCGCUGAGCUUCGGUCUCUUAAAGAACACUUCAGAAGAACAGAUCACAGUCUACCAAGCCCUCGUCCAGGAUGGAAUGCAGGUCAUCCUGAUUGAACUGGAGACAAUCAAGGACUACACGGACAUGCCGGAGUCCAUUAAGUACAUCAGGCAGAAGCAUGGGGCCAUCCAGUGGAGUGGGAACUUCAUGGCGGAACCUCAGUCUGCAAAGACCAAGUUCUGGAAAAAAGUGCGGUAUCGCAUGCCCGCGGCUAGGGCUCCUUCGUCUUCCUGCAGGACAGCUUCAGGGCGCAUGUCUAGAAACUGAACAGUGGAGAAGAGGUCAACCAGAGGAACUGUUCUCCAGGGAUGGUUGCCCCCGCCAUGUGGGGCCUGAGAUAUAGUUUAUUUGGGCGAUCUGUCCCCUAAGAUUGCUGUUAUAUGCGUGUGCAAUUCAUGGCUGUCAUGUUGACUCUGACUUAAACAAAACCAAAGGAGACCUUUCCCAAGUGUAUCAGGUCUUCCAUUUGCACUUGGCUACUAACCAGCAGGUUGUUGCUUCAAACCCACCCAGUGGUGCUGUGGCCUGCUGCUGAAAGAUCGCAGCCACUGGAAACCUUACAGAGCACAGUUCUACUCUGACACACAUGUGACUGUCAUGAGUCGGAAUUGACACAAGGGUCCCUUGUGUACUGGUUCAGCACUGUGGGUGAAUUGAUUUCUUGGAUCCUCAUCCCCCUCUUUAAAGUCAGAAACUUCUCACCUUCCAGUAUGUGUCUCAAAGUGUCUUUUUGUUUAGACGUAUUUAAAGGCCUGUUACUAAUGUCUUAAUGUUAAUAAAUUAU